GUAAGCCCCCUUCCAUAAAAAAAUGGGCAUUUCUAGAGAUGCUCUAAGCUCCAUUGCUCCGUACUUGUUGGUAUCAUCCAUCGUAUGUGUAAAGUGUAAUUGUGUAUAGGGGGAGAUACCGACCGACACUGGAGUACAACCAGAGAGGAGAGGAGUCUCGAGAAGCAAACGCAACAACAAAUGAGGCCUAAGAUAGUGCUCUUCGGGGACUCCAUCACUCAGCAAUCGUUCACAUCAGGUGGAUGGGGUUCUUCCCUCGCUCACCAAUAUUCUCGAAAGGCUGAUAUCCUGAAUCGCGGAUAUAGUGGAUAUAACACUAGAUGGGCUUUGUUCUUGCUGCAUCACCUCUUCCCUCUGGCUUGUAGGAGGAAUCUAUAAGCCAUCCUGCUGUCAUCACUAUUUUCUUUGGGGCAAAUGACUCGGCACUUUUAGGAAGGACAAGCGAAAAGCAGCACGUGCCUCUUAAGGAAUACAAAGAAAAUCUAAAAACAAUGGUUCAACAUCUUAAGAAGUGCUCACCUACCAUGGUUGUUGUGCUUAUAACUCCGCCACCAAUUGAUGAGGUGGGCCGCAAAGAAUAUGCACGGUAUGUGUAUGGCGACAAAGCAAUGAAAUUGCCAGAAAGGACGAAUGUAGUGACAGGAGAGUAUGCAAAGCAGUGUCUCGAAUUAGCCAUGGAGUUGGGUCUCCCUUCAAUAGAUUUAUGGUCCAAAAUGCAGGAAACCAUGGGUUGGCAGAAGAUAUUCUUAAGUGAUGGUUUACACCUCACACCAGAAGGCAAUGCUGUCGUCCAUGGAGAAGUAGUUAGAGUUCUCAGUGAAGUUUGGUUCUCAGCUGAACAGUUGCCCUAUGAUUUCCCCCACCACUCCCAAAUUGAUGGAAAGAAUCCCGAGAAGGCGUUCCAAAUACAAUGUCUUGCACUACAGUAGUCAGCUGCUAUGGAUGAUUUAGCUUCUCCAGAUGACAAUGCUGACAUUUAGAAUAGCGUUUUCAAUUGCACUGAAAAGCUUGACAAUGGAGCUUCCAAUUGCGGCUUAUAAAACACACACAUAGAUUCUGAAUCAAAUCAGAACAAAAUUUUCGUGAGAACGUGAAAUUAAAUACUUUUACCCCAAUGUGAUACAAUAAAACUCAUGUUGCCACCGCAUUUAUCUGAUAUAGGCAUGAUUUAAUUAAACUUACAAAAUUGUAAUAGAUGUGUUUCAUUGUGUAAAAAUGAUUGUUUUUAUGUUCUCACGAUAAACAGUAUUCUCAUUGGAACUGCACCCACAAGGUUACAUUCCGGUAAAAACACUUCUUCCUGUGGUAAAUCAGAACGAUUUGAAACAGUGCAUAGUAUGAUUCAUGUCAUUGUGC